AUGAUUAAAUUUGUUUGUGUGUUUGCACUGUUGGCCGCUAGUGGCUUGGCGUUCCCAGUUGAGGAGAACCCUAAGCUAUCGCGCCCUUCACCUAUAAAUCCCGAAGUUGCCAGCGACCCGAAACCAACCGCACUGAAGGAAGCCGUCCCAGCGUCGUCCACCACCGAGAGCCACAUCCAAAAGGUCCCCGCGUCCGGUGUGAAGCUUAGCGUUGAGGUGGCGAAGAAGGAGGAAACCACAACGAGCAGCAGCUCUACCCCGGAGCUGCCAACGAAGAACAAUGCGAAACGUUCGGUAGAUGCCGAUGGUGAUGUGUCCACUACUACGAAGCAGCCCGCUUUCCGUCGCAAUCAGCCCACCACUACGACCGAGGAGCCGAGCAGCACCACCCCAAGCAGUACCACUUCCAGCCCCGUCUCGGUGAAAACUCCGAUCGGGACGACGCGCUCCAAGCGUGAGGUCGAAGUGACCGCCGUGCCCGCCAGCAGCACUAGUGCCGGAACAACAAAGCGUACGACUACGGUCGCUCCGAGCCAUACGAACGAGGAGGAGGGACCCCACUACGUGCGGCCGGUGCCGGUGGAUCAGAUAUUGAAAAAUCUCAACCAACCGGAAAAGCCUUCAUCGUCAGGCGCUUCCGAACACCACAAAUCAGUAAAGCCAGAGGACGAUAAGGAUUCGGAUGAAUCUUCCGAGGAAGUUCCACCGAAAGAGGCAGCAACGGAGCAAAAGACACAUCAACAGACACACCCGGUAAUUCACCAGCAGGGUGCUUAA